AUGGGAUACUACUUAACAAAUGGUAUAUAUCCGAACUGGGCAACAUUUAUACAAGGUAUCACAUAUCCUCAACUCCAGAAGGACAAGUUAUUUGCAGAUAAACAAGCUGCAGCUCGGAAAGACGUUGAACGUGCGUUUGGAGUUCUACAGGCUAGGUUUGCCAUAUUACGACAACCCUCACUUGCUUUCGACGAAGACAUUUUGAGCGACAUAAUGAAAGCUUGUAUCAUUAUGCACAACAUGAUUGUCGAGGAUGAACGACACAAUUACACUCGUGCCAAAGUUUUGAGAAGGUAUUACGAAGAAGAUCGCCCUCAGCUUCAUAGAGCAAGGUCCGGUCCGAGUACAAGUGCCACAGUGAAUAACAACGAGCCUUUCGAAUUUGACGUUGGCCGACCACCAAACGUUGAUUUUGACGCGUAUAUUCAAAGAAGAAUUACCCUGCGUGAUAGCCAAACCCAUUUUUCUUUGAAAGAUGAUUUAGUUGAGCAUAUUUGGCAAAAAUACGGUCGUAAUGAAUAA